AUGAAUGAAAAGAAAGUAAACAUCGUGAAGGACGUAUACUUCGGUUCGUCAAACAAAGUAUUUUCUGCAUUACUCGUUGAACUGAAACGAAAUGGCAUGGCUAAAGUUAACCACCAUCCAGAAAUUACGAAGGACGACUUACAAAAGCUGCACUUAAGCUUCGAUUUAAACACUCCUAAAGGACUGCAGCAAAAAUGUAUGUUUGAUAUAAUGUUUCAUCUGGUCAGAAGGGGACGAGAAAACUUGCGAGAACAAACUAAAGACACGUUCGAGGUAGCUGUUGACUCGCAGAAUAGAAGAUACGUUUACCAGGCUGUCGACGAGCUCGAUAAAAAUCAUCGAGAAAAUGACAACCCCCAAGAUUUUACAACAGAUGGAAGAAU